GUUUCGAGGCGCUGCAGUCAAUAGCUUCAGCGCCUCACCGGAGUAAACAUCGUUCCGGGCGCUGUUCACCGGAUUCGAAAUAAAUCGUGUAGAGAGCGGUAACUGUUUACGUUGCAUUCCGAGUGUUCUCUCCACAAAGUCAGGCGAACGGUCCUUUCUGAGCCGGAUUUUCGGGUUAGUCAUCGUGAUGCCAUCGCAAAAAAAUCGGUGGUCGAUGUGAUAAUUACAAGAACGGAUCUGUGGUGAUGUGCUCAAUAAAUCAACUUGUGACAUGUGAGAUUGAUUCCUAUUACGGACUAAUGAGGGUGAACAGGGAUAAAGCCUGAAACGUGUAACUUUCAUUUUCAGAGCGGUUUCGGAGAAGCGCAAGGGAGCAGCGGAAAACUGCCAUAUGAAAAGGAACUAACAGCAAGUGUCAAUUAAACGGCCGCCGCCAUGUUGGCCGAUUAUUGGCGUCUCCUUUUACUGCUGUGGCUUCCCCCAAUACUUUUAGCCACUUCAAUGGAAAUAAAACGGAGAGACCUGCAGAAAUAUUCGGACUGGCGCCAGCUGUGGUACCCCAACUUCGAAGACUUCAGCAGAGCGGAGGCAAUGGCAGGGGCUGAAAACAACACCAUUACAAACGUAACGGUGCAACUGGGAGCCACGGCGUAUCUGCACUGCCAUGUGAGAAGUACAGGAGAUAGGGCACUCGCCGGAGCCGAGCAAGUGUCGUGGGUGAGAAGGAGAGACUGGCACAUCCUUUCUUCAGGACUGUUUACCUACACAAACGACGAGAGAUUUCAAAUUCUGCACGCGGAAGGUUCAGACGAUUGGACUCUUCAAAUUAAGUUCGUCCAGAAGAGGGAUAAUGGAACAUACGAAUGCCAAGUAUCUACAAACGCUGGUCUUAUAUCGCACUUCGUCAACUUACAAAUCGUCGUACCGGAGGCUACCAUCCAAGGGACACGGUCGGGAGAACAUCACGUGGAUGUCGGAAGUGUUAUAGAUUUGGUCUGUGUUAUAGAAAAGAGUCCUACACCUCCUCAAUACGUCUUUUGGUACCACAAUGAACACAUGAUCAACUACGACACCGCUAGGGGUGGCAUAACUGUGGAGACCGUGCCAGGAGCUCGAACGCAGAGCCGUCUCACCAUAAGAGACACAAAUGACGCCGAUUCAGGAAAUUACACUUGCUCGGCCUCGAACACCGAGCCCGCUUCCAUCUACGUCUUCGUGUCCGAAGGUGACAAUGUGGAUGCAAUCUUAAUGCGAAAAUCGUGCGCUAUGUGCGUCGCAAGCCAACUGGUUCUCCUCUUGAUAGCUUCGGUGGCGGCUGCAAUGCGAUAGAAGCAGUAGCUCCAGUGACGAACACUUCGGUGAAAAGUGAUCAUGUGCAUAUUAUUAAAGUGAUAAACAGUCGACUGUCAACCACCAAAGACCACGUUUUGAAGAUUUCUCCUUAGAUUUAACUAACAUAAGUAAUAAUCGACGUAAAUGUAAAACUGUAAAAAGUUAUCAGUAUUUUAAAGAUGUAAUAGUACAGGAAAAACGAAACAUUCAAUAGUGUCGCAUGGAUAUCGAUUCGGACGAUUUCACAAUAUCCGUCGUGUGAUUCCAUCGUCAACCCCGUUGACGCAAAAUUCAAAAUCAUUCAAACGUUUUCAAUUUAUAGUGUCUAUGAAAUUUUCAUAUUCCAUAAUGUGUACAAACACGUACAAUUAAUCUCUUGCACUUAUUCAAUUUGUACAUACUCAGUUCUUUCGUUGUUAAAUAUUGUAACAUAAGAUUAUUUACCGUUGUUGUUACUUACGCCAAAACCUCCGAAUUAACUAAAUUCCUUUCUAUAAAAUAUUUUGCAAUAGCAAAACUGCCAAAUUUAAAUUUUACGGGCUUGUAAGUAGCGCUUCGUCACCGGUAAAAGCGAGAAAUUCCGUGUACGCUGAGUCCAACAGACUUUCAGACCAAACGCGACAAUUUCUCACUUUUACUGAAAGAUUAAUUUCAUAUCUUCUUUAUUUCUACUUAACGUUGUAAAUAUUUAUCUCAUUAUAACUGUAAGAUAAUAUAAAAAUAAUAGAAUAUAGUUAAUUUGUUAUAUAAUUUCUUGAAUGAAUGUGUGAAACUAAUUCGAAUUAAAAUCAAAAUCAUAUUGAAUCCAUAAUUACGUUAAAAUUCAUCAUUACCUACAUGUUUAGAAACACAUUUUUCAAAUUAAUCACGUUUCAGUUUUGUAUCGCAAUCACCCUGUUAUUACUACUGUCAUUAUAUAGCAAAACAUGUCAUGUAAUGUUAAGUAAAUUGAUCACAUGUAUUCGUUAUAGGACAUUAUUCUUUUAUUUACUGAACACAAAUAAAUCAAUUGAACACAAUAUGAAUACCUGGGAAUGCUUCAUUAUUAAUUUAUACCAAACGUGCCAUUAGCAGAUAAUGAAGAA